AUGUUCGGCUGCAUCGUAGCAGGCCGCCUUUUACAGACAAAUAUACAACAAAUCGAUGAGACACAUGCGAUAUUUGAACUGCCAAAUGCUAGUAGUAUCAACCAUGUUUGUGUUUUUCUCCUAGGGACUAUACCCUUCCCAGAUGGAUAUGGGGCUACAGUCCACUUACAUUGGCCCGGAAAAGGAUUUCAACUCCUAGGAAUGCUCUCGAACGAAAAACCUUCUGCCAUUUUCCGCCUUCGUUCCUCGUUUACUUCUUCCACGACCACCCGCGCCUUUGGAUCCACACCCAAUUCCACGCAAGUGGAUCCUAACACUGAAACCAACGCCGUUCUUGGUAUAUCCAUCGAACCCCUGACACAGAUUCUUCCUCAGCUUCAAUCUCAAUCUACCCCAUCGCAGGUUCAGGCUCCUAAUCAUACAAACUCUGCUGCCAUCGCAAGACUUCCACCAGAUCCGACGUUGCUCGCCGAACGCAUCGUUAGGCAUCUGUUCAACUAUAUAUCUGGUUUUGCAUCGAGCUCGAGUUUGGGGCCUGACAUUGCUGUCCCGAUGGGUAUGAUCGCGAAGUGGUAUGAGGUGUUCUUGAGUAAGGUGAAAAACAGUGGGACAGCAUUUUUGGAGAGGGAAUCAGAAUAA